AUGGAGCCUGAUCAGUACAAGCCGACUGUUUUGGCAAAAAUUUUCCACAAGUUACCACAUUUUAACAUAACAUUGCAUUUUGUAAAUGCAACAUUCAAUCCGGACAGCGAAACUUAUCUCGAGUCGCUCGGAAUCUUAGCAUCCAUUCCGGCAGCUUGGGUCAUAUUAACAUUGUUCGUUUUGCUUGUUUACCUCUGUACCAGAUGUUGCGACAGGAAACCCAGACCCAAACACAGCAUCAGUUUGCUCAAAUGGACUUUGAGCAUUUUCACCAUAUUGUGUUGUGGAGCUAUAGGAGUUGGACUUUACGGAAAUGAUGAUGUUCAUAAUGCUGUCGUUCAUUUUGUGUCUGCAAUUAAAGCUGUCAACGAAAAAAUUUUAGCUGUCAAAAAUCAGACGGGUACGAUUGAAUCCACUCUGCAAUUAAAAGUCAAACCUUUGCUUGCCGAACUCAGCGAUAUUUUCGAUGAUCCCGUCGCAAAUCAAACGGCUCGAGCCAUGUUAUUGGUCGGGUUGAAUGCCGUCGUCGGGAAUACAUCAUCAGCUUUGGCAAGUUCUUUAGAUAUAAGCCGGCCUCUUCAGGGAAUCAAUUUAAGAACUAUAAUUCAUUACGUUCAAUUAGGAGAAACAAUAAGAUGGCCUGCCACGAUGGGAGUUUUAAGCCUUUUGCUUGUCUUCUGUGUUAUACUGUUGUUUGGAGUUGCACGACAUUCUAGAUGUUGCUUAAUUACGUUUUCAGUUUUCGGUUUGUUUGCCGUCAUAAUUAAUUGGAUGUUGACAUCGGUUUACCUUGCGAUAUCCGUGGCUCUGGGAGAUUUAUGCGUUGCACCCGAAGACUUUCUCAGAUAUGAAUCUCCGAGCUCUUUGCAGGCGGAAGUUUUAAAAUAUUAUAUGCGAUGCGAGCCGUCACACACGAAUCCUUUCACUCAAAGACUUCGCGAAGCUCAGCGUGGAGUGGACGCCAUGACGGCUAAUCUUGGAGUCGUUGCCAAAUUAGCGGAUCAAUUAUACCAUAAAAACGAUUUGCAUCCCAGACUGGAUAUUCUUACCAAAGACAUUAAUUUGACAGAUAAAUUAGUAUCUAGUCUGGCUGCACUUUUAGACUGCAGGCCGUUGCACAAGCAAUACCUUGAAGCGGUACGAAGCGUCUGUGAUCUUGGUUUAUACGGUAUGGCUUUCAUGUUGUUGGCCAGCAUUUCAGCCGGUCUAUUAUUCACGGUACUCGUUUGGGUUGAUUCUCACACCUGGAUAUACAUUCGUAAAAGGAGAGAUUAUUUGCAAGUGGAUGAACAAGAUCCGUUUCUGCCACCUAGCGCUGCUUCGCAAGCCAUUGCAGCCCGGACACUUCGCAACCAAGGGUCGUACAACGCACCUCCUCACUCUGCAUCAUCCAUUAAACGUAUUCCCUCGUCCAGGAAUGCAAUUGAACCAUCUCCUAGCAUGCCUCAUCGUUACACUCCCCUGAGUCCGAAUCCGUUCGCUUUGAAUUUAUCAAACGAAACCAAAGAUUUUCAAAAAUAUUUAGAAAGCACGUCAAACGUUUAUUACGAUUCGACAAUACCGGAAACGCGAAAACCGAAUAAAAUUGACGAAGUCGAUAACGAAAACGUUGACGACGAUUCGGGUUACGGAUAUUACAGUUCAAUUCCGGUCAACCGGGGAUUUAAUUCUCCCGCGCGAAAAAACAAUUACAGGGAUCAAAAUAACGAUAGGGAACCGUCCAAAUGGUCCCAGCGUCAGAGUUCACAAAAUUCAACGUUGGAGUCCACGUGGUCUCCGAAAACGUAA